CUCACGUGACAGAACCAACAUCCAGAGCUGGAGUUAGUGUAGAGUGUUGGGUUGGGACUGUGUGUGUGUGGUUAUGCGGGUCAGCAUGGUGUCUGUACCUGGACGAGUCGGUGUGCUCGGUGCUCUGUGUGUGUCCGCCAUGAUGAGUGCGGUUUGUGCGCUCAGCGGCGGAAUGCUGUUCCCGCGAGAGUCUCCGUCCAGAGAAGUGAAGGAGCUGAGCGGACUGUGGGGCUUCAGGGCGGACAAGUCCCCCAGCAGGAACCUGGGCUUCGAGAGGGCAUGGUACAAACGUAGAUUGGCUGAGACUGGCCCAGUGAUUGACAUGCCAGUUCCUGCCAGCUACAAUGACAUCACACAGGACCACUCGCUGAGAGAUUUCAUCGGCUGGGUGUGGUAUGAGCGAGAGGUAGUGGUGCCUGCACGCUGGCUCUCAGACGAAGGCACAAGAGUGGUUAUCAGAGUGGGAAGUGCUCACUAUUAUUCAGUGGUGUGGGUGAACGGGGUGAAAGUGACUGAGCAUGCAGGUGGCCAUCUUCCUUUUGAGGCUGAGAUAGGCGCGUUACUCCGCAAAGACCCGACCUCGCCGUGCAGGAUCACCAUCGCCGUCAACAACACACUGACCCUGGAGACUCUUCCUCCAGGAACCAUCCAGCGCUUUGACGACCACACCAAAUAUCCUGAUGACUUUUUUGUGCAAAACUACUCCUUUGACUUCUUCAACUAUGCUGGCAUACAUCGCCCUGUGCUGCUCUACACCACUCCCAAGGCAUAUGUGGACGACAUCACUGCGGUGACCGACUUCUCGGAUAACACUGGUUUUGUCGAUUACAAAGUGUCAGUCCAAGGUGCGACCACAGCGACGCUGAAGGUCACCCUGCAGGACCGAGACGGACACUGUGUAGCCUCCUCCACUGAGCUGUCUGGAGUGCUCAAAGUGGUGGAUGUCAACCUGUGGUGGCCGUACUUGAUGCAUGAAAAUCCAGGUUAUCUGUACUCUCUGGAGGUUCGCUUAAUGGCGCCAAAUGAAGACGUGUAUACCCUACCAGUAGGCAUCCGCUCGGUUAAGGUUACCAGCACCCAGUUCCUCAUCAACAACAAACCCUUCUACUUCCACGGAGUCAAUAAACACGAGGACGCUGAUAUUCGUGGCAAAGGCUUGGACUGGCCCCUGAUCGUCAAGGACUUCAACUUACUCAAGUGGCUGGGGGCCAACUCCUUUCGCACCAGUCACUACCCAUACGCCGAGGAGAUCAUGCAGAUGUGUGACCGCCAUGGCAUCGUAGUGAUCGAUGAGUGUCCGGGGGUGGGCAUCAAAGACAUUCGUAGUUUUGGAAACGCCUCCCUCACCCACCACCUUGUUGUCAUGGACGAGCUUGUACGUCGGGACAAGAACCAUCCUUCUGUGGUCAUGUGGUCUGUCGCUAAUGAGCCCGCUGCAGAGAUGCCUCCUGCUGAUCUGUAUUUCAAAACCUUGAUAAAGCAUACUAAAGCUCUGGACCCAACACGGCCCGUCACUUACAUCACAGAUAGUAACUAUGCUCGAGACAAAGGGGCUCCCUACGUGGAUGUAAUCUGUGUAAACAGUUAUUUCUCCUGGUACCAUGAUCAAGGUCACUUGGAGGUCAUCCCCAUCCAGCUCAACACUCAGUUUGAGAACUGGUAUGGGAAAUAUCAGAAACCCAUCAUUCAGAGUGAAUAUGGAGCGGACGCGGUGCCCGGGCUUCAUAGUGAUCCACCCAUGAUGUUUACUGAGGAGUACCAGAAGGCAGUCCUAAAGAACUACCACGACGUGUUUGACCAGAAGAGGAAGCUGUAUGUUGUGGGGGAACUCAUCUGGAACUUUGCCGAUUUCAUGACUUCACAAGGAAUCACCCGCGUGGUGGGAAACAAGAAGGGCAUUUUCACCAGGCAAAGGCAGCCCAAAGCAGCAGCCUUAUUCCUGAGAGAGAGGUACUGGAGUCUGGCAAACCAAACAGGAAUACUACCCACGUGGACCAAGUAUCCCUGCUCCCUCUGACACCGUUUGGGAAUCCAGCCCAGGAGGACUGAUUCACACCUAUAGCCGUGUUUCCACCGAGUCGGUCCAGUUUGGUACAGUACGCAUUUUUUUUGUGUUUCCAUUAGGAAUGGUACCAAAAUAACCAGCCACAAGCAUUCCAUUCUUUGGCACCCUUCCCUUGGCGGUACCGGAUUAAAAUGGUAUGGUACAGUCAGGGAGUUGUCAGCUGAUUGGGCAACAGGAAAACGUCAGUCCCUUGCGAUUGGUGUAAAUAUCCCAUGGAUGUCGAGGCAAAAGCCUGCAUCCUAUUCUCAUACAAAUCUUCUAUUGUGAAAGUUCAUCCGUCUUCUGAUUGAACUUCGAUUUUUAGACAACAGUAAGCUUUCCUUUUCCUUGUUAACCAGUUUUGGCGUGUAUCUUUCUGUCAGAUUUGACGCUCCCUCAUCCCGGUUCAUCGUCCUGUGCGCACGUUUUCUUAUUUCCAUACAAAGCCUGACGUCAACAGCCACAAACUGAGCAGGGAAAAAAAAGAGCUGCUCGAUGUCCUCCAUUGUUGUCCGUUGUGUCGCGUUUGAUGUCGUCGCAACAGUAUGGCGUCGCGCUACCAUCAGGCAUUGCUCACCCCCCCGUCUACCGAAUAAAGAUACUGUUCUCCAUCGAAACGCAAGCUUGACCCAGGGCUUUACCAUUCCUAACCGUACCAUACUCUACCAAACUGAACCGUACCAUGAUGGAAACACAGCAGGAUGUGGAAAAAUGUGCAUACUGUUGGUUAGUUUGAGGAAAAUCUACUUGGGGACAAUGUGCAUUUAAACACUUUUUAUGCUGAUUUAUGAAUACAUGAUUUUACAGUUUUUUUGUGGUUGUUAUGGUUGUGAUGUGGUUUCUGCAGAAAACGUCUGUGCGAUUUAAAGCUGCAGUACAUAACUUUUUUUUGUUAUUCUGCCUCCGUUUGGUCUUUGUGAACAGAAAUGGAAUUAUUUCAUUAUUUGUUUGCUGCCUCCUUUUAAAAUUGACUAAGUAAGCUUUUGUGUGUAUACAACAGAAGCGUCGGGGUGGGCGGGACAAGAGGUUUUUUUACCCGACUAAACUGCUGAACCGGGUUUUCUGAGCAGGAGAAUCUGAAACGAAAACGUAACUUUGGUCUAAUCAGCUGUGGGAACUCAACUGACAAUGGUUUAAAUCAAAUGGACAUCUGUUCAAGUUUUCAAGUUAUGCAUUAUGACGGUGUAUUAUGGCCAAACCUUCGAGAAUAAAGUCUUAAUUUUACGAAAAUAAAGUCGCAAUUUUGUCCACAAAAAGAGAUGAUUUUCUCCAAGUCUGUGUGAUACUUUCUUCCAAACAGACUCAGUUUCUUGCACAAUCUUUUAAAGUCCUGAUGGUAAAGAUAAUGUGAUGCUAAUGUGACAAUGUGUAAAAAUGUAACUUCACAAAAUCCUCUGCGUUCCUCAUCUUGACGCAGGUCGCAGCUGAUCAUCUGAGAUUUUGCGUGCAUAAUAAUUACAACUUUAUUCCCGUAACAUUACGACUUUAUUCUCGAAAGAUAAAAAAAAGAA